AUGCUCCCGACCCCAACUUUAUCCAGAAAAGAACCGAAACCUGCUUUAUCUUUAAAACAUCUAGAGGGUUCUCGUAAAGGUCAGACCGUAAAAGGUUUGCAUGAAAUCAAAAAUUAUCUCGAAAGAUUUGGGUAUGCUAAUGUGCAUGAAAACAAUGAUGAGUUCGAUGAUGUUUUAGAGUCAGAGAUCAAGGCUUAUCAACUGAAUUACAAUUUGGAAGUCACUGGAAUGUUAGACACUCAAACUCUACAACAAAUGAUGUUGCCUAGAUGUGGAGUGCCAGAUAUCGAUGAGAAUGGGAAAAGUUCCAUGAAAUGGAAUCACGAUGGCUCUCUAACUAACAUAGAUUAUGGGAACCUAAGUUCUGUUUGUGCACGAGCUUUUGCAACAUGGGCAGCUGUGAUUCCUUUUCACUUCAAGGAGGUUGGUGGAGUUGAACAUGCUGAUAUCUAUAUUGGCUUUCGAACAGGUGAUCAUGGUGAUGGUAAACCCUUCGAUGGACCGUUGAAUAUCUGGGCUCAUGCUUUUGCACCAACAGAUGGAAGACUACAUUAUGACGCAACUGAGAAUUGGGGUACUGGCCCAGCAUCAGAUGAGAUUGAUUUAGAAUCAAUUACUGUUCAUGAAAUUGGACAUAUUUUAGGGUUGGAACAUAGUUCUGAUGGGAGUGCUGUCAUGUUUCCGCAUAUCGGACUAGGGGUGGCUAAGAGGCAACUAGGCUCGGACGAUAUUAUCGGUGUUAAAACUUUGUAUGGGCUAAUUGGCUGA